UAUUUUACUCACUCCACGUCGAUAACUCGAAGGAACUACACGCGUUUAAUUGUUUUUGCGAAUUUUUAUUUUCAAUACGAGUUUGUAAACAAAAGUGUUUGUUUUGUGAGUGAACAAUAUUUUGACAACAUGUGUGAGAAGAGAAUAAGGAAAAUCAAAAAAGGUUCAAACCUUAUGCGUCUAAGAGAGGCGAGGCGCAUACAGCGGCUGCAGCGACUGGCGUCGCCGCCGGCACCCGAGGUGCCCAGGCCCUGCCAGCCGCAGCCGCUCCCACCCAGCAACAACGGAACCCAGAGCAGAGUCCUCCUCGAACUCGCCUGGAAAACCGUCGCCCUCAUGCACAAAAAUAGGAUAAUCCAACAAAAAAUUGUAGCCCUACAAAAAGAAACUUCAGAAUUCGUCGCUUCCGUCAUGAAUAACCCUGAGAAUAAGCAGCGGUACAUGGAACACCUCCGCGCCUACAAACUCGCGCAACAAACGCAAGCGCAGUCUCCUAAAAUUGAAAACAACAAUCUGCUGUUAAAAGUAGAACCAACUAUAUAAACAGCUGUGUCUGUCUGUAUGACUGAAGCGAAUACGAGCGAAUGUACGAGUGUAAAUAAAUGAACCGUCUAUUUUUAGGUUAUGGAAAUGUUGUAUUGUCAUACGAUAAAAUAAUCAAUUACAUUUGAGUUAUGAAUGUUCUAGAUAUAAACUUGCGUUAUUAGCCAUCUUUCUAUUAGCAUCGGAUUCCAAAAUAAUUACAAAUUGAUACAUUGAGACAUAAUUGUUGGGGAUUAAGGUAAGGUGGGCCGAGUCCGGUAUGCUAAAUUUUGAUUCGAUAUUCUAUCAAACGUAAGUUCUGAAAUAGUAACAUAUGACUAAACUACUACAAGAGAAAAUAUCAAAUCAAAUAUUUCACAUAUACCUAGUUAGUUUCACUAGACCUUGGCCCACUUUACCGUAACACUAACAUGAGUGUGGAUUUAUAAAACGGAUCAAUGACAAGCGAAACAAUUGUCAUUACAGUAUUAUGCAAAGUUUUAUAAAAAACUUAGUAUACUGUUUUAUGUGUUCAGUCUCCGUAGUCACUGUAAACAAAAACUGCCGCCGUGUUGUUACGUCACGAUUGAACUUAGUUAUUACGCUUGAACUAUUAGUUUAAUAAUAAAAAACCCUCCGUAAUUAAUAAGGGGCCUGUGCACAUAACAUACCUACAACCAGUUGGAAUAGCAUUGUACUAGCUGAUGUGCCGCAAACCCUAGUAAGUAUAGUAGUUACUUACAAUUUUCACGCAUAGUAGACUUUACUUACGUUAAGGUUUAUUCUGUUUUGACGUUAGAUGUCGUAAUUCGAUAAUUAUCUUAUUUGUGGUAAGGGAGUUAGUUGUAAAUGUAACAUUGAAUUCUUCUGGACUUCCAGAACAUAUGUUCAUAUUGGUACCGUUCAGCAAUAAUAUUUUAAUGCAGUGUCUUAAAAAAAUGUUGUGUAUAAUGGAGGAUAGGUACUACUUCUACCUACUUAGGUCUAGCAUUAAGAUUCUUUUGAGGUUGUAUCUAACAUAAAAAGUAAGAGGCUGUUUAAUUUAAAAGCGUUGCGGGAGAUCUUCGUACCUAAUGUUCGUAUAGAUAUAUAAAUCAUAUCAAAAUUAAAAACUUACAGUUGUGAAUUCAAUGACGUUAAUUAAUUUCGAGCCUUGCAAUACGAAAUCAUUAUGAAUGGAAAAUCUGAGUUUCCGUUGUUUAUUUUAUUAAGGUCAUCAUUUAAAAGUUUUAUGGUAGGUACGAAGAAGUUAAAGGUAUUGUUAAUACUCUUAAGUUAUAGGUACAUCUCGUAGGUACGUAGGUAUUAUAACAUUUAUAACUGCCGGUCCAACCACGAAUAUUGUAGCUUUUCGUGACGCUGUUAUAAGUUAAUUUGGGGCUUCCGAUUUUAGAUUCUUUAAACUCUAAAUAUUACCUAAUGAUUUUCGGUAGGUACCAUCAGCCGUAAAAGUGCAUGGGGUAUUUUCAAUAAAUUCAUUCAUAAUUUCUCCAUGCAAUUUCGUAGUUCACUGUACAUGUGGUAUAAAAUAACUUAAAAUUUGUUUGAAAUUUAUCGUGGGCUUUUUGUCUUUAGUUUACAAAACAAGAGAACCUCAAUGACUCAUUACAACGUCGAUAAUUGUUUGACUUCGAUACAUGCACAUGUUUGCUGGAAGCGCGUUUGAUCGUCGCUGCCAAGGUGAUUCGCUAUUUAUUUUAUCGUUUACAUUUAAGACUGUCCUAAAUAAAGAUUGAUUGUUUAGCUCCAUAUAACAUAGAUGCUCAGUAGCGUACAUACAUAUAUCCCGGAACUUUCUUAACAAUUUGUAAUAUAAAGAUAUCGGAAAAAAACGCAACAUGAAGAAUAGCAGUAGAAGCGGUAUAGAAGUUUAAUAUAAAUAGAUAAACUAAUUUUUAAGUUCUAAUUAUACCAGCAGGUACUAUAUCUGUUAAUAUUUUCCACUGUCAUAUAAUUGAUACCUACUUUAAUUUUGUUUCAUAAUUACAUACAUAACUUCAAUGGGCUUAAACUACACAUCUUGUUAUAUUUAAUAGAUUUUAUGUGCUGCAGCAUAUUAGAUAAUUGGUACACCUACCAACUAGUUUGCUGGUUCUUAGAUUCACGAAGUGCUUCAUUUAGCUCAUAAGAAUAUAUUUGUCAAGGAAAUGUUGUUAUUUAAUACAAAGUGUUAGCAAACUGGGCCUAUAUAUGUAGUAUUUUCCUACAAAAGCACACAUCUUAGCUCCAACAAUUGUGUUCAUUUUACACUUACAGUACAUUGAGUGUAAAAUAUUCACAAAAUUUUGAAUUACCUAUUGGUUUCGAUGACUCUUACGUGUGUGUGUACUGUAUUUAUCUUGUGUUUGAACGCAGUAGGUAAGAAAUAAAAUAAAAAAAUCGCGCCAAAAUUAUAUGUCAAGACUUUGCUGAAUGUGAAUGUCAAACAAGAGAUAAAGCGAAAAUCCAUAGAUUUGGCGCGAAUAAAUUGGUACAAAUCUAAGUUUUUUGAUCUCAUGGAAAAAAUACGAAAUUCGUACAAAAAUUAUCCAUUAUUAUGCUUUUAAUGUACGUGAAUGUUACCUAAACAAAUUUAUUAUGUGUGGUUUAAUUAAGAUUACAAUGGAAUUAAACUAGUCUUUUUAAAUG